UUAAAAAGGACCUGACAGCUUUUUUUUUUUAAAAAAAAAUGUCAAAACCCUCCGUAGUUUUUUUCUUUCCUUUUUCUUUGUUUUUAAGACAUGCAAGUCUUUGGAGGUUUAAAAAGAACUUUAUUAAUAAAUAGACCUUAUACAGUUUUAUUUACUCGCUUUGUUGCGACAACACGCUAUGUUCGAGUAAAUAAAAAAGAAGUUGUGACGCCAGCCAGCAAGCUCAAGACAGAAAUAAAGCCUACAGAAGUAAAGCCUACAGAAAAAAUUGAGAGUAAUAUCACUACACCUCAGCAAUUUCCUACCACCAGUCAAUUUGAUACACCCCUUGAAGCACCAGAAGGAACAGGUCAUAAUUGGUCUUCUUCUUUCUUUGGUCUUUCUACUGAGCCAUUUCCUCGAGAGGUUUCUGAUAUUCUAUUGGAGCCUAUUAAUUCUGAUGAUAUUGAGAUCAAGCCAGAUGGCCUGCUUUAUUUGCCUGAAAUUAAGUACAGACGUAUAUUAAACAGAGCAUUUGGACCUGGUGGUUGGGGUUUAGCCCCUCGUGGAGAACAUACGAUUUCACCCAAGAAUAUAUCAAGAGAAUAUGCAUUGAUUUGUAAAGGUAGAUUUGUAUCUCAAGCAAGGGGAGAACAAGAUUUUUUUGAUAUAUCAGGACUCCCUACUGCAUCUGAAGGAUGUAAAUCCAAUGCAUUGAUGCGUUGUUGUAAGGAUUUGGGUAUUGCAUCUGAACUAUGGGACCCUUCUUUCAUUCGUAAAUUCAAAAAGAAGCAUUGUGUUGAAGUUUGGGCCGAGCAUGUGACUACCAAGAAGAAGAAGAAGUUGUGGCGAAAGAAAGACGAUGUCUUGGAAUACCCUUACAAAGAGAAUUAACAUUGACAUUAAUCGGCGCAUCCAGCAUGCCUCUUUUCUUUUCUUUUUUUUUUUUUGUUAUAAG